AUGUACCGAGAGUUGUCUGCGGCAUUUCAUGUGGGUUUUCUUCCGACAGGGUUCCAGUUCCACGGGGGUCGUUUGUCCGGCCAAAGCGCCUAUAGCCAACACUCUGAUCACCACGAUCACCCUGGUGCUCACCACCCAGUGAUGAUGGCGGCUGCGGCGGUCGUGGCCGGCCUCCACCCGGACUCGGAUACGAACCCGUGGGAGAUGGAGGCCUUCGCGGAACGGUUCAAGCAACGCAGGAUCAAGCUGGGUGGUACGCAGGGUGAUGUAGGUAAAGCGCUCGCCAACCUGAAGCUCCCAGGCGUCGGCGCCCUUUCCCAGUCAACGAUCUGCAGGUUCGAAUCCCUCACCCUCUCCCACAACAACAUGAUUGCGCUCAAGCCGAUCCUGCAAGCGUGGCUCGAAGAAGCGGAGGCGCAGGCGAAAAACAAACGCCGCGACCCGGACGCGCCGAGCGUACUGCCGGCGGGCGAGAAAAAGCGAAAAAGAACUUCGAUAGCGGCGCCGGAGAAGCGCAGCCUCGAGGCGUACUUCGCCGUGCAGCCGAGACCAUCCGGCGAGAAGAUCGCGGCGAUAGCGGAGAAGCUGGACCUGAAGAAGAACGUCGUGCGCGUAUGGUUCUGCAACCAACGGCAGAAGCAGAAGCGGAUGAAGUUUGCAGCGCAGCACUGA